UGGUUGAGAACUUGAGGUCUCAGCUUGAGGGACGAGGGGUGGGCUGAUGUAUCACAUCGUUGUGAUCACCCUUGUCCACCCCACCGGAACGACUCGCGAACCCCUCUUGGUACAGACGUAGACUUGUGGGUGUGCACUGCGAGGUUCUGGGACCGAGCGACUUCGGUGUCGUUACAGACCUGGCGUUUGCUCUCAAGGAUGCUCCAAGACAGCCUAUGAACUGGAGGACGACCUCUGCGACCAGCGAGGCAUAUUCCGAAGUCGUGAGGACGAUGAGCUACCCAGGCCUAAGUCAUUCGAUACCGGACUGACUCUCCUCGAAUUCGAGCGUGUGACAACCUACAUGGUUAUGGAAAAAAAGGGGUCCAGCGAUCAUAGCGCGUGCCCACUUAGCGGUCAGCUCCUGGUAACAACACCUGGUCUGUGGUAUUUCGAGAGCCUCAUAGUGGCCGCCGAAUCACGAAUCGAAAUAUCCCAGCUCAAAUAUUGGAAGCAACCGGUAUCCCCAGCUGAGUCUCAAGGCACCGACGAAUCAAUCUACUGGGAAACCGAUUCGCACCAGCCAACGAAAGUCCCCUUCUACACACAAUCUUGAACAGAACACAAAGCCCC